AUGACGCCCAGCAAGCCCAAAUUCGCCCACCUUCCCCUCAGCACCAGCGGGCCCAUUGAUUGCGCCCUCACUGGAACCUCUCUCCUCAACACCCCGUACCUCAAUAAAGGCUCUGCUUUCCCCCCAGAUGAGCGCCGCGUAUUCAACCUCUCCGGGCUCCUGCCACGGGGCGUGCAGAGCCUGGAGCAGCAGGUGAAGCGGGCAUACGAGCAAUACUCGACAAGGCCGAAUCCCCUCGCAAAGAAUACGUUUCUUACGUCUCUCAAGGACCAGAACGAGGUUCUGUACUACAAGCUCAUCGAAACCCAUGUGGAGGAAAUGUUCAGCAUCAUCUAUACACCGACCGAGGGAGAUGCCAUUCAAAACUACUCGAGUCUCUUCAGGCGGCCGCAGGGCUGUUAUCUGAGCAUCAACGAUCCUGACAGAGUGCUUCCAGAUCUGGCACAAUGGGGCAGGCCGGAAGAUAUCGAUUACAUCGUCGUGACGGAUGGAGAGGAGAUUCUAGGCAUCGGAGACCAAGGCGUGGGCGGCAUCCUGAUUUCCAUUGCCAAGCUUGUGCUCACCACCCUCUGCGCUGGCAUCCACCCCAGCCGCUGCCUGCCGGUCGUACUCGACUGUGGAACGGACAACGAGGAGCUCCGCAAGGAUGAACUCUACCUCGGGCUGCGGCAGAGUCGUGUCAGGGGCAAGCAGUACGAUGAGUUUGUCGAUACAUUUGUCAACUCAGUCCGCAAGCUUUACCCCCGAGCCUAUCUACACUUUGAAGACUUUGGGCUCCGCAAUGCAAGGCGCCUUUUGGAGUUGUACCGGCCCAAUAUCCCGUGCUUCAAUGACGAUGUACAAGGAACUGGCUGUGUUACCCUGGCAGCCAUCCUAGCCGGUUUGCACGUCAGCAAGCAGAAACUCGGCGAUCUUCGUUUGGUCGUCUUUGGGGCUGGCAGCGCGGGGGUCGGGAUCGCGGACCAGAUCCGCGAUGCGAUUGCGGCCGAGUGUGAUAUCUCCCACGAAGAGGCCUCGAAGCAGAUUUGGUUGAUCGACAAGCCAGGCCUCCUCACGACUGAGACGGAGCUCUCCGACGCGCAGAGAGGCUUCGCUAAGGACGCUUCCUCCUGGAACGACCGGGGCAGGGACCUCCUCUCCGUCGUGAAAGCCGUCCGGCCCAACGUGCUCAUCGGGACGUCGACCGUCCCCGGCGCGUUCACGGAAGAGAUUGUAAAGGCCAUGCACGAGCACGCGCCCCGGCUAAUCAUCCUGCCCCUCUCCAACCCAACGCGCCUGCACGAAGCCACGCCCGCCGACCUGCUGAAGUGGACGGAUGGCAAGGCCCUCGUGGCCACCGGCUCGCCGUUCGAUCCUGUCUCAGGCCCGUGGGGUGCAAACGGCGAGGAUGUCUCAAUCGACAUUGCCGAGUGUAACAACUCUGUCGUGUUUCCCGGGAUCGGCCUGGGCUGUGUGCUGUCCCGCGCGAGGCUCCUCACCGAUCGGAUGCUCGUGGCCGCGGUCGAGGCUGUGUCGUCGAUGAGCCCUGCGCUCCAGGACCCAACCGCCCCUCUCCUCCCGGGGGUGUUGUCUGUCAAGGAGAUCAGCGUCCGGGUGGCGAGGAGCGUGAUCAAGGAGGCUGUGGACGAUGACCUGGCGACGGAGAGGGACAUCCCAGAGUCCGAUGAGGACUUGGACGAGUGGAUCCGGGAGCAGAUGUGGGAGCCCAAAUACCGCCCACUACGACAUGUUCAGAUGGAAGGUGCCACGCGAUCAGCCCGAGGAGAACUUAUGAAGGCUGGCUCGGUUCGUAGGACGGGCACAUUCUAG